UCAACUGUCAAUAAACAAAUCUCCAAUUCUCAAAGUUUCUGAAGUGUCUGAAGGAGUUUUACUAAAGUGUAUCGUGUAAAACUUAAUCAUGACUCCAGAAGAAACUAUAGAAAAGCUAAAGCUUUUAGGCUUAAGUGAAACAAAAGCAAAAGAAACCUUAAAAAACGCUAAAGUGACUAAAUGUCUUCUUGCUGCAAUAAGUGAGGUAGAUAUCGACAAUAUACCAACCGGCGCCGGAUUGCUGCUUUACCAUCUGGCUACCAAAAUAAAACCUCAAAUUGAAAUUAGGCUGCCAUUAGUAUGUAAAUAUAUUGCCAAUGGAAAGAUAGAUUCUACCCUAAGAGUUGAUGCUGCAUUGGAAUAUCUUUUAAGUCAUAUUAAUGAAGAAAAUAUAAACAUUAGCGAAUUUGAGAAUUAUUGUGGAGUAGGCGUGUCUGUUUCUCCUGAACAAGUUGAGAAAGCAGUUGAAAAGCAAAUGGCAAAAUAUAAACAGGAGCUGAUAGAGAAAAGGUAUCGGUUUAAUGCAGGUAUAAUUAUGCAAGCAGUUAGAGCUGAACUAAAAUGGGCUGAUGGGAAAGCUAUUCAAAAUGAAGUUGCUGUCCAGAUUUUAGAUUUAUUAGGACCAAAAACGGAAGCAGAUUUGGCACCAGCACCUAAGCCUGAUAAGAAAGCAAAAAAUGAGAAUGAGAAUAAAAAAGUUAAAGAAGAAAGCCAAGGCUAUAAAGAAUCUCGAGUAUCUGCUGCCAUUGGCGAUGUCGAAGGUGCAACUUCUAUGCCAGAAUUAAUGAAAAAAUUAUCCUUUCAUGCUCCUGGAGAAAACUAUAAGACAGAUGGUUACAUUGUAACUCCAAACACUAAGAAAUUGAUAGAAGAGCAUCUUAAGAUUACAUCUGGCAAAGUAAGGACAAGAUUUCCUCCAGAGCCAAAUGGAAUACUUCAUAUAGGCCAUGCGAAAGCUAUUAAUAUUAAUUUUGGGUAUGCUGCAGCUCAUGAUGGUAUUUGUUUCCUGAGAUAUGAUGAUACAAAUCCUGAGAAAGAAGAAGAAAAGUUUUUUGUUGGCAUCAAAGAUAUGGUGGAGUGGCUAGGUUACAAGCCAUAUAAAGUUACACACUCUUCUGAUUAUUUUGAUCAACUAUAUGAGUGGGCGGUGAAGUUGAUCAAUAAAGACCUUGCAUAUGUGUGUCACCAGAAGUCAGAAGAAAUCAAGGGUUUUAAUCCUCCACCUUCGCCUUGGAGAAACAGGCCUGUUGAGGAAAGUCUUCAAUUAUUUGAGGAUAUGAAAAAUGGUAAAAUUGAUGAAGGUGAUGCCACACUUAGAAUGAAAAUUACUUUAGAGGAGGGUAAACAGGACCCAGUGGCAUACAGGAUAAAGUUCAAGGCCCAUCACCGCACUGGCAACAAAUGGUGCAUUUACCCCACUUAUGACUACACACAUUGUCUGUGUGACAGUAUCGAGCAUAUCACACACUCUCUCUGUACCAAAGAGUUCCAAUCAAGAAGAUCAUCAUAUUACUGGCUUUGCAAUGCAUUAGACAUUUACUGUCCGGUUCAAUGGGAGUAUGGAAGAUUGAAUGUUAAUUAUACAGUUGUAUCCAAGAGAAAGAUUGGAAAACUUAUUGAUGAGGGUAUAGUUAAAGAUUGGGAUGACCCUCGUCUGUUCACGCUGACGGCGCUGCGGCGGCGCGGCGUGCCGGCGGCGGCCAUUAAUGCGUUCUGUGCGGCGCUCGGCGUCACCGGCGCCGUGGGGGCCGUCGACCCGGCCAUGCUGGACGCAGCCGUGCGCAACGUUCUCAACACCUCUGCGCCCAGAGUCAUGGUCGUCCUGGAACCCCUGAAAAUAACCGUUACGAAUUUCCCAAGCGAUAAACCGAUAUCAGUCCAAGUGCCUGACUUCCCUAAUGAGCCAGAAAAAGGUUCGCAUACCGUGGUUUUUGAUAAAGUACUUUACAUUGAAGAUACCGAUUUUAAAGAACAACCUGAGAAAGGAUAUCGACGUCUUACACCGUCCCAGUCGGUCGGUUUGCGACACGCUGGAUAUGUUUUAAAGGUAACGAAAGUUAUCAACGAUAAAACAGGCAAGGUGAGUGAGCUGGAAUGUUCCGCGGAGUCUACGGAAUCGUCUGAGAAACCGAAAGCUUUCAUACAUUGGGUGUCACAACCUGUCACUGUACAGGUUCGUCUGUAUGAGCCUCUUUUUAAACACAAGAACCCAGAAGACCCAGCAGAGGUGCCGGGCGGCUUUUUGUCGGAUUGUCGUGAAGAUACGCUGCAGAUCGUGUCAGCUUACGCUGACGCCUCCAUCAAAGGCGCUCAAGUAUUCGACAAGUUCCAGUUCGAAAGGAUCGGUUACUUCUCAGUCGAUCCAGAUUCUAGCCCAGCUAAGAUGGUCUUCAACAGAACCGUAUCUCUUAAAGAAGAUUCUGGGAAAUAAAUAUAUUGUUGUAUAUUGUACUUCAUAAUAUAUGGAACACUUGUUACGAAUUUAUUAAAUACUUUUAAUAAUAAAUUAUUUAUUAAAUUAAA